AUGCACGUGCUGGAUUCGGGGAUGGCAUUGCACAUGCUGGAGAAUCACAUCGCGGUGCUAAGCAAGCCUGAGCGGCGUGAUGUUGAGAGGCGCAAGAAGACAACCAAAGGAGAGACCCCGAGUGUCAUCUUGCGACUCCCUGGAGGCAGCUCCUACUUCAUGAGCGGCGCGAACUAUGCCGCCUUUGAACACCGCAGCAUGAUGCAGGUCAUGCCCAUCCUGGUGGCGGACAAGUCAGCCCUGCGUUCGGGAAAGGAAGGCGAGUUGGCCGCACUGCGCGUGCGUGCCUUCCGGAUGUACGCCACCUUCUACAAGGCAUUUCUGGGGGUCAGCGCACACACGGAGGCCACGCUCGCAACCGCACGGGCCCACGCCAUCAAGUUGGUGGAGAUCCUGCCACAGGCAUACCCGGACCACGCAUCGCAUUGGCGCUUUCCCAAGAUCCACCUGAUUGUCCACUUGCUGGACAAUGUGAUCUGGCGCGGCAUGCCGCACCACUACAGCACGGAGAUGUGGGAGCAUACCCACAAGGGGAUGGUCAAGAACCCCGUCAGGGGCGGCAACUGGAAGGACAUCCCCAGACGCAUCGUGGAGGAGGAGGUGCAGAGGGAGAUCUGCAGGGAGGUGGCACAGGACGCGGGUGGUGGGCGACAGUAUGCGACAGCGCUGCGCGAGGUGAGCCUAUUUGGUGCAGAUCCCAUCGCCGUGGAGACGAUGAAACCCGUGCUCACGAGGAAGGGUCGCACAAUGCGGCCGGCGGAGGAGGGCGACGCUGUGAUGGGAACCUACCGCACGGCACUGGGCCACCUCAUGAAUGCGCUGCCGGGGAGCAUGGUGGCUGCAUCCAUCACGGCAUCCGCGAUCGUGGCCCAUACCGCGGUGGCGAUUCCACGCACCAAAGGAGGAGCUCUGGUCUCCAAGGGCGCGUUCGUCAAGGCAAGCCCCAAAGAGAAGUGGUUCACGGACUUUGCAGUGAAGUCUCCCAAGAAGGAGGAGUGGUAUGCCAAGGCACUGUGCAUCUUCAAGGCUGAGACCGCAGAGGGCGACCGGAAGGGGUUUGUGUACGUGCGGUGGUAUGAGAGGGCAGGCAUUUGCCCUCUCACCACCUGCGUGCAGCUGACCCCGUCGCGCAAGGAUACAAGGCACGCAGUGAUUGCUGUGGAGAGCAUUGAACGCGUUGUGCACAUUUGUCGCUCGUUCAGCAACCCCGCGGUGUUGCUGCUGAACAAGUUCUUGCUGUCCAUGACAUCCGUUGAGUUGCCCGCGCAGUUGUUCACGGAGUACAUGGAGGAGUUCAAUGGGGAAUUGCACGCCAAGAACGAGAGGGCGGUGGUACUGGUGCACAACCCGACGCACACACUCACCGGGUGUGUGAAAGAAACCAGCACGGUGGAGGGGUUUGUCGUGGAGGAGCUUACACGCGUGAAGGUUGUGCAGACAUUUGGCGUGGUGCCGGCGGUUGCGUUCUCGGCCAUAAAUGGUGUAGUGGACUCGUUGAAGGCAGUGUUCCGGACGUGGUUCAUGCGGUCGGCCGUGACGAGCACGGAGUGGACAAGUGAUGGCGUGUUCCCUAGGCCGCCGCUGCAUGAUGUCCUGUACAAGCUGUUCAUGGCGGGCAAGUUGACGAUGCCCGGGACAAUCCAGAGGAGCUGGUGGCGGGCUGGCACCGUGCCGAAGGGUUGGCUGUCGCGGAUGGACUGCCUGAAGGGGAAAGCUGCGGCCGGCAUGUUUGACAUGAUGGUGGUGGACUUGACGUGCCUGCAGCUGGUGAUCGAGGAGUUCAAAAGCAAGUGCAGCAGCGGGGCGUUUAUGACGGCGUGGGACUUCGUGGGGUGCGACGAAUUUCUCCUUGCGAAGUGGGCGCCUGAGGGGGCCGAGGAGGAAGGCUCAGAGGAUGAGAUUCCGGCCUUUUUUUGCAUCCCGGAGGGCCCGCUCAUGCGCGACAGCCGCAGCUGUCGCCGGGUGGGCCGCAUGGUUCACGGUGGUUUCGUGAAGCGUGCGGAGGCCUUGGGUAUUCAGCCGAAGGACGUGCCAGAGGAGGCCGGCGUGGUGAAUGAGGAGGUUGCGAGCCGCCUUCGACGCACACCUACUAAGCGCAUCCGGGUGUGCAGCUCCAGUGAUGAGGGGCUCACGUCUUCCGCGUCGGAUGAGGGAGGCCACAUCCCGAAGGCGGGUGUGUUGUUCCCAUUGGAGGAUGACAGGGAGAGCGUCGUACGCAUGGUGUAA